AUGGUUCUUAUUAUUUUCUUCACCUCCUUAGCAGGCAAUGCCCUUAUGAUUUGCCUCAUUCACUGGGACCAUCGGCUCCACAUGCCCAUGUACUUCCUGCUCAGCCAGCUCUCCCUCUUGGAUAUGUUGCUCAUUUCUACCAUGAUUCCAAAAAUGGCUGCUGACUAUCUGACUGGAAAAAAGUCCACCUCCUUCAUUGGGUGUGGUUUGCAGAUCUUCUUCUUCCUCACACUGGGUGGUGGAGAAUGCUUCCUCCUGGCAGCCAUGUCUUAUGAUUGCUAUGUAGCUGUGUGCCAUCCACUGAAAUACUCUGUUCUCAUGAGCUGGCCAUUGUGUCUGAGAAUGACUUUAGGGUCCUGGCUCCUGGGGGCAGCUGAUGGCCUGAUGCAGGCUGUGGCUACUCUGACCUUCCCAUUCUGUGGUAGACGCGAGAUUUACCAUUUCUUCUGUGAGGCUCCCACAGUAUUGCAUUUGGCCUGUGAUAAUACUUCCUUAUUUGAGUAUCUCAUGUACAUCUGCUGUGUGUUGAUGCUCCUGUUUCGUUUUGCCCUCAUUCUGACUUCUUAUGGUCUGAUCCUUGCCACUGUGCUCUGCAUGCCAUCCACAGAUGCCCACCAGAAGGCCAUUGCCACCUGCUCUUCACACCUGGCUGUGGUGAGCCUGCAUUAUGGUACUGUUAUUUUUAUGUACGUGAGACCCAAGACGUACAAGACAACUAAUUAUGACAAAGCUGUGUCAGCAUUCUACAGUAUCUUGACCCCCCAUGCUGAACACCCUCAUCUACAGUCUGAGGAAUAA